AAGAACUGGACAUUUCUAAUUAUAGCAAAGAUGUCGCGUUUGCUAAUACUGUAAUAAAUUAGAAUUAGGUGGUAAUAAAAAUAGACCUAAAUUCACAACGUAUUGAAUCGUAUCAAUUUAAAUAUGUUCCCCAUGAUUGUUUUUGUUUUUCAUCACGCAAACACAUCAACUCGCGGACAUGCAGCGUUUAGAUGUCACGCCUAAACUUCCGUGAAACAACACGCACACAGCCGCUUCGAGCAGCGCAGAGCUCCGGGGGACGCGGCUCGGUGAGCCCGGACACAGCGCACGCUCACCGGCCACGUUAUGAACAGCGGGACGGUGCUGGGGUUCAUAACGUUAGCUAAUGAACGCAUCGUACGUGAGCUAACGUUAGCAACGUCAUCUCGUGCGUGUGUGUUUUGACAUGUCCAUCGAAUCCGGGCUGUAAUUAAUGUCUUGGAAGAUGUUCGAAGUGUUCCGUUAGCGUCCAGCUCGGCUCGACGGGACAUGUACACACUACCGGUGGAGAUAAAAUGGUACCUGUUCGCUGCCGCUCCAAGUCUUUCAGCCGCCGACGUGGAAGAGAUAACUUGUCUUAAUAGUGACAACAACACUUCCUCUUUUCAGAAUAAAAGCUUCAUCUCUACGAAGGUAAAUCUCACAGAAACUACACGCGUUCACUUCGCUGCAUAGAUGAGACUAUGGACGACUGGGUCUGUGUCGAUUGCUUCGAUAUGAACUUAGAGGUGUGGGACUGAGCCAUUAUAUGAAUGUAUAUGUUCCCAACUUCCCACGAAUGGAGAAUGACACAUUAUAAAUUCCUUAAAUACAGUGCUAUUAUUCUGAAAAUGUGACCGGAAGAGCUUCUUUCUUAAUCCGGUUGCUCGUGGAAUAACAGCCUAGAAAGCGUGUUGCAGCUGAACGAGCAGUGGACGAGUUGUUUUUGUGUCUGCUGAACCGGAACAGCAUGUGAACUCACGUCGUUCCUGGUCAGACGCAUCUAAUCCUCAACAGUCACACUACGCAUGCGCCGACAUCAAGGGAGGGCACCAUGGGUCGCAGCAGAAGCAGUUCAAUGUCCCAUGGCUUUCCUGCGGUGGGGGUGUGCCUUGCUGCUCUGCUCCUCAGCAACGCCUUGCUCUACCUGUACCUGGAGUCUUUGUACCAGACCGAUGAGCAGCUGCUGUUCUCCCAUGUCGGCUGCGGGCCUCGUCAUUUUAAAAUGGUGACCAUGAAGAACUGCACCCCCUGGCUCCCGUGUUCACAGAUACAUGCUGAAGUGCGCAAGCUGAAGCUGAUUGGCCAGGGAGCUGUUAAGAAGGUUUAUCUGUCAGAGUGGAGGGGUCAGAAGGUGGCUUUGUCCCAACUCGCCUCUCUGGAUUACCGAGAGGAUUUCCUCCAUGGAUUGUCUAUGUUACAGGCCCUGCAGGGUCCCCAGGUGGUGCAGUUGGUGGGGUUUUGCCUCGAAGACCACACCCAGGUCACGGAGCACCACCCGCUUGGCCCCUUACUUAACUUGGAUGCUGUUCUUGCACAAGAGCAGCAUCAGCAACACAACAAAUGGCAGAUGCGGCUGAUGCUGGCUAUCGAUUAUGUCUCCAUCCUUCAUUAUCUUCAUAACAGCCCAGCUGGGCGGCGGGUUAUGUGUGACUCCAGCAGCCUGGAGAAAACGCUCUCCCAGUUCCUGCUGACCAGUAACUUCCACCUGGUGGUGAAUGACCUGGAUGCGCUGCCGGAGGUGGAUCCGUCCAGAGGCUUGCUGGUGAAAUGUGGUCACCGGGAGCUCACCGGGGACUUCAUUGCCCCGGAGCAGCUGUGGCCUUUCAAAACCAACGGGAAGCCAUUUUCAGACCAUCUCAUGCCGCAGUAUGACGAGAGGACAGACAUCUGGAAGAUCCCCGACGUGACGUGGUUCCUGAUGGGAAGGGUACCUGGAGGGGAUGUAGUCCACUUCCAUCUUUUUCAGAUUCAUGAGGAGUGUAAGAAGGAGGACCCCAAGCUCCGCCCUUCAGCACUGGAUGUUUUGAAGGUGUACAAAUCAGUCUACAGCAGCAUGGUGCGGGACAAUGCUGGCUUGAGAGACAUGCUGUAGAAUACAUAACUGACUCGCUCACAAAGGCCAUACAUGUGCAAUAAAAGUUUAAGCCGCA